AUGCUUAUGGUGAAAGGAGCACCAGGGUCCGGAGUUGAGAUAACAACCGGCUAUAGAACGACUGCGUCAGCCGUUUUGAUUGCAAGAGACCGCAUCGUAGAUGAACAACUUCUUCCAGGAUAUGACUUCAACCCGAAGGCUAGACGUGGUUUGGCACUUAUAAGCUUCACGGUGAUGUUCGAUCAAUGUGACGAGACAAUGGCCGUAGGACAUACAAUCAGUAUGAUACGUGACAUGAACGUUGACGUCAUCCUGGGACCUACAUGCAGCUAUCGUAAGUUCUAA